GAAAUUUGUACUUUUAUUUUUUGCAUCGGUAAUUUUUUUCCGUGCUUUUAUUUUCCUCUUCUUCGGCGGUGCAGUGCAUUUUCCCUCCGAGGGAUGCACAAAAGACUAGGCACUGGCAGUAUGUCCAGUGGAUCUUCACAGAACCAGCAGAGCCAAUACCAAAAUUACAGCAGCCCCAAUUCCAGCUACUCUAACGGAUCCUGCAGUGGUGGAAACUUCAAAGUUGGAACUUUGGUUUCGUACCCAAAAGUUAUUCUAUUUGGAGACUCCCUGACUCAGAAAUGCAUGCACCCCGAAGCCAACUGGGGCGCCCUAGUCGCGGACUUUUUAGCCCGAAAGUGUGACGUCAUUGUGAGGGGGUACUCGGGCUACAACACGCGAAAAUGUCUCGCUUUGCUUCCAUAUCUGUUCGACGGCAUCAAUUUUUCAAACAACGUCGCAGCUCUACUUAUAUGUCUGGGAACAAACGAUGCAUCGGCGGGACAAGGCAACGAAAGUCACGUGCCGGAAGAAGAGUUUGUCGAGAACCUUCUGAUGAUCGGCGAGUAUUUCGUAUCACGCGGACUGAACCCGUCCAAAAUUAUCAUGACUGGACCUCCUGGCUUCCAUGCUCCCCUUUGGGAGGAAAAAGCGAAAGCGAUGGGUCUGUCGAACCACAUCAGAACAAAUGAGCUGAACCAGAAAUACAGCAAUUUGGUCAACGAAGUCUGCAAACAUCUGAAGUGUCGAAAUAUUCCUCUGCAUGCAAGGAUGAUUGCCGCUGAUAAUUGGCAGGAAAUGUUAAUUGAUGGACUGCAUUUUGGACCGCUCGGGGCUCAGUUUUACUUCAACUUGCUCCAGCCACAUUUGAGCCACUUGACUUACGACAUACCUCAAUUGAUGCCAAACUGGAAAGAGUUUGACGCGGCGUAUGGCAACAAACACGGAGACCCCGACAGAACGGUCAACGAAUGGAUUGAUAAUAACCCGUAUUUUUCGCAGUAGUGGAAAAAAGAAUGCUCUGUCAAACUAUACGUUCUUUUAAAAUAAAAACUGGCCAAAAUAUGCGUGGGAAACUGUCUUAUCUUUUCUGCUAUCACUGUAAAGGUUUUUUUUUGAUUUCUCAAUUUAAAUGGAGAAUCAGACAUUUGUGUUUCGAAUAUAAAUUACUACUAAGAAUAUUUGAGCUGUAUCUGUCUGUUCUAGUAUCUUUUUUGAAUCUUCCUUGGCUGAUUCUUUGAGUAAACGAA